GUGAAAAUAUUCAUUCUUCAUGGUAUCUACACAUGUAAUCUCCCAUAUCACCUUCUUCAUGGUAUCAGAGCCCUAAUUCUCGGCUCCCGUUUUUCUCCCUCUCUCUCUUUCGAUCGGCAACCUCUCCCCCUCUACACGCCGAUCUGCUUUCUCUCCCCCGGCAGCCAUGGCCGAUGAAAACUCCUCCUCCGGCAAGGUAAUCUCCACCGCCGACACCUCUUCGUCCAACAACUCUCCCCAUCUCGCCUUCACCACUAUAUCCAACAUCAAACUCCAUAUUCCCGUGCAACUAAGUCUUUCAGCACCAAAUUACAAAAAGUGGAGCCGUUUGUUUCGUCUCUUGAUUCUUCGCUUCAAUCUCAAGGGUUUCAUCGACGGCACCACGCUUGCCUCCUCUGCGGAUGAUGCCGAAUGGUAUCAAUUUGAUGCCCUAAUUCAAGGAUGGAUCUUGUCCACCAUCACGGAUGAAGUCUCUGAUCUCGUUCUUGCCAACAAUCUCUCUGCUCAUGCACUAUGGAAAGCUAUUUACAAUCUUUUUCACGACAACAAGCAUGCCCGGGCAAUGCAACUGGAGCACCGCUUCCGUACAACUGUGAAGGGCCACCUCUCCAUCGACGAAUAUUGUCGCCUUCUCAAGAAUCUCUCCGAGUAUCUCGACGAUGUGGAUGCCCCCGUCACCGAGCAUGCCCUUGUACUCCAGGUUCUUCAAGGCCUCCCUCACGAUAUUCGGGGUCAAGUUCAGUUUUUGCAAUAUCAAAAUCUACUCCUGACGUUCUUGGAGGUUCGGUCCGCCUUGCUCCUCGUUGAACAGCAACAAACUGACGCCGUAUACGGCGCCGGAGCGCCGUCCACUGCCCUCCUCAGCACCGGCGGCGGCGGCGGACACACGAGCAGCGGACACCGGCAGGACCGAGGCGGCGGCUAUGGAGGGUAUGGGAGCAGCGGCAGCAGCGGCUUUGGCGGCGGAUUUGGUGGUGGCUCCAGCGGACGCGGCAAGAACUCUGGCGGAAUUCUUUCUCGUUUUUCUUGCCCUUACACGAGCCAACAAAAUGGCCGCGCGGAACGCACCAUCCGCACACUAAACAACACUGUCCGCACCCUUCUUUUUCAAGCUAAUCUCCCUCCUCACUUCUGGGUAGAAGCUCUACAUAUGGCUACUCACCUCUUCAAUAUUCUCCCCACCACCACCCUCAACAAUCGCACUCCUCAUGAGGUUCUUUAUCGCACCCCCCAUCCUAUUCACAUCUUCGCGUCUUCGGAUGUCUUUGCUACCCUAAUCUCUCUGCUACUGCCCCUCACAAACUUGCCCCACGCUCUACUCGAUGCAUUUUUCUUGGUUACCCAGAAGCCCAGUGUGGCUUUCGCUGCCUAGACCUAACCACCCAUAAAAUCAUCAUCUCCCG